UUAACAUCAAUUGCGUUAAAGCUAGGGUUUAAUAAAUUCCCCAAAGUAAUUUCACUAUUUUUCAAACGGAAACAAAGUCCGGCCAAAAAAAGAAGAAGAAGAAGAAGAAGAUAUGUUUCCAGGGAUGUUUAUGCGAAAACCAGACAAAGAGGUUGCUCUGAAAGAGCUUCGUUUCCAUGUCGCCUUGUUCGGGUCAUGGGUCGUUGCAAUCCGGGCUGCUCCAUACAUUCUCCAUUAUUUCUCUGAUAACAAAGAUGAGCUCGUCCUUGAUUUCUAAUUAUGCUUUAUAUUUGUUUUUAUUUAAGAGGCAAAAACAUUAUUGAUCUGUGUUAAUGAUUUCACAGUUAUGAUUAUCUGUGAUAAGAUUUUGUCA